GUGUCGAAGACAAUCAAAAAAUUCCAAAGGAGAAGUUUUAAGAAGAGGGAACAAUGAAGACAAAGGUGGUUGUUAAUGUAUCAGUGAAUGGAGGUCAAUCUCGUCCAAGUAAUUGGAAGCACAUUUUUUGUUGCCUGGUUCAAGACACUUCAUGCAAGGAUAAGGCCAUGACAAUUGCAACAACUUUACCAGGGGUGGAGAAAGUAAGUAUAGAAGCAGCAAAUAACUUGUUGACAGUCAUAGGAGUGGGAAUAGACACAGUAGAGCUGGUGAAUAUACUUAGGAAGAAAGUUGGAUGUGCCACUAUUGUGAGUGUUGGUCCAGAGGUUGAAAAGUAGAAAGAAGAAAAACCUCCUGCUAAAGAAGAAAAAUCUCCUGCUCCAGGAGUUUGUUAUUGUAAUAAUAAUCAAGUCCGCCCUAUGGUUGAGAUGUUUGAAAUUAGAGAUCCUUACUAUUACAACUCAUGCUAUCCUUGGUGGUAAACUCAGAUUAAAAUACGAAGAAUGAUAGUAUAAUAUCAAGGUAUGGUGAUUGAGUCAAAAAAAAAAAAAGUAUAGAAAAAUUGAGAUUGAUUCCUUAUAAGCACAUUAAUUAUCUUCUUGUCAAUUGUGUUGGCUUGACAUCUAAUGUGUUGAACUUGUAGUGGUUCCUGGAGUACUUACUUUUGUAGUUAGCAGAGUUGAAAUUAAUGAAGUGUAACACACAAUUUUCCCAAUUUGCUUCAACAAAUAUGUGAUGGUGUUAAUGGUGUGAAAAUUUCUCCACUGUGCUAGAUUAAUGCCAUUCAUGUAACCUCCGUGGUU